AUGGGAGCGGCACAUACGUUACAAUUUAAACUGGGAGCUGCUGGAUCUACACAUGAAGAUAAUAAUUUUGAAACAUUAUCGUUAGUCUGGCUCGACGAUUCAAUCAUGGACACCAAAGAAAAUCUUAUUAUUCAACAAAAACUUCGCACAGUGACUCAUCAUUUAAUAACUUUUCAAGAUGUUCAAGUAAUGCCACGAAUUCAUCAACAUAGACAAGUCAAUUCAAUUUAUGUAUAUGCGAAAGAUCAAGUACAAAACGAAGAAUGGACAAAAAAAUUUCCAAAAAUCAAAGGUGUUCAUAGAACUUUGGAGGCAAUACUAGCUAAAAUUCAAUCAGAUCAAGUGAACAUAAGAUUUAAAGUUGAUGAACCACUUGCAGUCAGUAUUUUUACACCGAAUAGUGCUCUAGAUAAAUCAACAACUGAACUCAAUAGUAAAUUUAUUCAUUCAGAAGUAUCGAUUGAUGUUCUUCUUCGAAUGAAAUCAAAUCCAACGGACAAGAAUGAUUUAAUCGAUUUAUGCAAGGAAAAAUACAAAGAUAAUGAGAAAGAAUUAGCAAUUGUCAAGGAAUUUGAACAAAAUUAUUCUCCUGAUCAAGCUCUAUGGUGGUAUACAAGAGAUUCGUUUCUUUAUCGAUUACUAAACAAAGCUCUUCGUGUACAAAAUACAGACAUGAUCUUUCUCUUUCGAUUUUUUAUUCGUGAUAUCGAACAACAACUUGAACAACAUAAAUGUUUGACGCCUAUACGCGUCUAUCGAGGUCAAUUAAUGUCGAACGAAGAAUUAAAAGUAUUGAAAGAUUCUAUUGGACGUUUCAUCUCUAUGAACUCAUUUCUUUCAACAAGUAUCGAGCGAGAACAAGCACUUCGUUUUCUUAAUGCUACUAAUAUUUCAGACGAUUCACAACGUGUCUUAAUUACAAUUGAUGCCGAUCCUCGACUCGAUGGUGUCAAACCAUUUGCUAAUAUUACCAAUUACACUGCAUUUUUAAUUAAUGUUGAUGUUGAAUAUAAUGAUUUCUCAGCAUUCACAAACAUUGAUUGUUCUUAG